CCAAGAGCAAGAUCUGCAAACUCUUGGGAGUACCUGGUUCUACCAAACUUGAUGAUCACCUCUUUAUGGCUUGUUUCAAUAUACUUAUCUGGAACUGUCAAGGAGCGGGGAAUGACAAUUUCAAGAGAAAUUUUCGGGAUUUGAUCAAUCAGCACAAACCAGAAGUGGUGGCUCUCCUGGAAACAAAAGUCGAGCUUAAGCCCAUGGGAAUGUUCUUUAAAAACCUUGGUCUACAGCUUCUACACAUGUUGAUCCAAGUGGAAGGAGAGGAGGCAUUUGGAUUCUCUGGGAUCCCUCUAAAGUCUCCCUAAAUACCACACACACGUCACCACAAGUCAUACACACCACGGUCCGCAAGGACAACUUUGAAGAUUGGAUCUUUUCGGCUGUAUACGGCAGCCCAAAUCCUAGAAUCAGAGACAUCACGUGGGAGGAACUGGGAAAUUUAGCAGACACCACCCAGCAACCAUGGCUUAUUGCAGGAGAUUUCAAUGAUACCGCAGCGACAUCUGAAUCCAAAAGCACUGCCCCUGAUACUAGCUCUAGCCAGAGAAGGAAAUUCGUGGAUAACAUCAACAAAUGUAAGCUGAUGGACCUAGGUUACAUGGGGGCCAAGUACACCUGGACGAAUGGAAGACUAGGGUUGGCGAAUGUGCAAAACAGGCUGGACAGAGCUCUAAGCAAUGAAGAAUGGAGAUCUCUCUUCCCGGAAGGAAAUAUUAAGCUGAAUACGGAUGGCUACUGGUAUGACUCUAAUGGAAUAGGAGGGUUUGGAGACUUAUUCAGAAACCACUUGGGAGAUUGGAUCAUGGGAUAUUAUGGCAAGAAAAGCUUUAACUCAAGCUUGGAGGCAGAGCUACGGAGCAUACACAAGGGACUGGAAAUCAUAUUAGAUAGGAAGCUGGAAAAUGUGAAGAUCGAAUCAGACUCACUCGUAGCGAUGAACCUCAUCACGGAAGGAAACCAGGCAAUCACCCCCAGAGUGUGCUGAUCAUGAAGCUCAUUUUUUAUUGGCCCAGACUAACACUAUGAUUUGGCACAUUCCCCGUUCGGCUAAUCAAUGUGCUGACCACCUUGCUAGGUUGGGAGCUGAACACACAGAAGAUCUUGUGUUUGUUAUGGACAUGCCUAUCGCGAUGAGAGAAUUUGUAAUUAGAGAUAGCCUGAAUAUCAGGCAAGUGUUAGAUUAGCUUGCGAGCUCAUAUGCUCAG